AUGCCGGUCAAGGAUCUGGUAUCAUCCUCCGCGCUAAUCAAGGCAUAUGCCCAAGCCGGGCAUCUAAAAGACGCAGAGCGAAUCUUUCACUCCCUUCCCAGGAAAGAUUCCGUCGCUUGCAACAUCAUGAUAGGCGCGUACUCCCAAAGAGGUUGCAUUGACAAGGCUAAAGAUAUAUUCGAUCAAACUCCUUCAAAGACCGUGAUAUCCUGGAACAACAUGAUUUCGGCAUAUGCCAAAAGCGGGUAUUUAUCAAAGGCCAGAGAUGUGUUUGAUUCCAUGCCGGAGAAAAACGUAGUGUCGUGGAAUCUUAUUUUCCACGUCUACGCUGGUGCCGGAAGAUUCAAGGAGGCAAAGAGGAUCUUCGACAGCAUGCCAGACAGGGAUGUGGUCUCCUGGACAGCAAUGGUCGGAGCACAUGCCGGGACUGGGCAAAUUUUAGAAGCCAAGAGAAUGUUUGACUGCAUGGAUGUCCGAAACACUGUGACGUGGAACAUAAUGUUCCGGGCUUACGUUGACGCCGGUCAAAUGGACGAUGCAAAGUCGGUCUUCGACGCCAUGCCCGAGAGGGAUACGGUGGCGUGGAACACUUUGAUUGCCGCGUACGUACAAUACGGCCGCAUGGAUGAGGCGUGCAAGGCGUUCGAUGCGAUGGAGGAGCGUACCGUGGUGACGUGGACGACCAUGAUCGCGGGGUAUGGUCGGCACGGGAAUCUGUCCGAGGCGAAGAGAUUGUUUGAUCGAUCGCCCGAAAAAAAUGUUGUGUCGUGGAAUGCGAUGCUUCAGGCUUACGUAGAGAGCCAGUGUUUUGAGGGGGCGAAAGAGAUUUUUGAUCGGAUGCCUGAGUGGGACGUUGUGUCGUGGACAGCGCUGGUUGCAGUGUAUGCCGAUGCAGGGUAUUUGUGUAGAGCUCGCGAUCUCUUUGAUGAAAUGCCGCAGAGAAAUGUGGUCUCUUGGGUGACGAUGCUUGCUGCUUAUUCCCAGCGUGAUCUUGUCAAUGAGACACAGAAAUGUUUCGAUGAGAUGCCCGAGCACUGCAAUGCGGCGUGGCAUUUGCUUUUCCAGGCACACGCUCGAGCCGGAUUUGUGGACAAGGCGAAGAUGGUCUUUGAUCGGAUGCCGCACAGGGACGUCCUGUGUUGGAACAUGAUGAUCACUGUCUUCGUCGCGGCGAGAAACGUCGAUGACGCGAGGUGCGUCUUCGACCAGAUACCGGAGCCAAACACGAUCUCGUGGACGAACAUGGUGACGCUCUACGGCCAGUGUGGUGAUCUUUGCGAAGCACAAAAGAUGUUUGACAUGAUCCCAGAUCCCAGCGUCGUUUCUUAUAACGCGCUCAUGGCUGCUUAUGCUCAAGCCAGUGAUCUCGCGCAAGUCAAAGCCAUCUUUGAUGCAAUGCAAGAUCGUGAUACGAUCACUUACACGACAAUGAUCAGCAUUUACUCCCAGCACGGUUUCAUCGCUCAGGCACGAGAGAUUUUCGAUUCACUGCCGACCCAUGACACAGUUUGCUGGAACUCGAUCAUCUCGGCAUAUGCCCAAAACGGGCAUACCGAGGGAGCGGUAAAGCUCUUCGAGCUCAUGAACGUCGAGGGCGUCGAGGUGAACGAGUCCACGCUUCUUAAAGUCCUGGCGACUUGCAGCCGGCUUGGAUCACUGGAUUCCGGGUGGCGGGCAUUCGUCUCGAUCUCGCAGGAUUACGGCUUGCAAGCAACGAGAGAUCACUAUGGGUGUUUGAUCGAUCUUCUGGGGCGAGCUGGAUGGAUCGGCCAAGCCCAAGAGCUCAUCGACGUGAUGCCUUUCUGCGCGGAUGGUGCUGCUUGGGGGAGCUUGCUCUCUGCGUCCAAAGUUUACCAUGAUGUGGAUUGUGGAAUGCAGGCUUCUUGGAAGAUCUCAGAGCUUGAACCCAGUAGCUCGGCAGCAUAUGUGGAGCUCUCUAACAUCUACAAACACUGCGAUUGA